GGUUGACCGACCUCUUUCCUUUCCAUCAGCCAUCUUGUGAAACGUGGUUUCUCAGGUGGUAACAUAGUCCAAGAUGAGGAUUGUUGGUAGCAAGACGUACGUCACCCCAAGACGUCCUUUUGAAAAGGAACGUCUUGAUCAAGAGUUGAAACUCAUUGGUCAGUUUGGUCUCCGAAACAAGAGAGAAGUAUGGCGUGUGAAACUGACGCUGGCUAAGAUCCGUAAGGCUGCCCGUGAGUUGCUGACGCUGGACGAGAAGGAUCAAAAACGUCUGUUUGAAGGUAAUGCCCUCUUGAGGCGUCUGGUACGUAUUGGUGUCCUUGAUGAAGGCAAAAUGAAGCUUGAUUACGUGUUGGGUCUUCGUGUUGAAGACUUUCUGGAGAGGCGCUUGCAGACGCAAGUUUUUAAACUGGGGCUUGCAAAAAGUAUUCACCAUGCCCGUGUUCUGAUUCGUCAACGUCACAUUAGGGUACGUAAACAAGUUGUAAAUAUCCCGUCCUUUGUUGUACGUUUGGACUCGCAGAAACACAUUGACUUCUCCCUGAAAUCGCCAUAUGGUGGUGGUCGUCCAGGACGUGUCAAGAGAAAGAACAUGAGAAAGGCACAGAAUGCUGGUGCAGUUGAAGAAGAGGAGGAUGAAGAUUAAGAAGCAAUUUGUCAUUCUUGCAUUGCUAUCUGUAACUGCGGACUUAAUGCAAGAUGUUUUAAUGCAUUACACCAAUGAAUAAAUACAAAUAACAGCAAA